AAAUUGAUUCUGCGCGAGGCAGAAGCCUGCGAGGGUGCCCGCCGCCGACGCCAGACGAGAGCCGGGGUCCGCAGACCGCGCACGCACCGCACCGGGUACGGAACACCUGUGCUCACGGCGUAACCAGCCACGCUCCGCACGCACGCACACCGACCGACCGACCGACCCGUCCGUGCCCGUCGGCUGGCUGGCUGGCUCGGUUAUUAUGUAAGGGCACGUCGCGCGCCGGGACACCUACCGAGACGCGGUGAUUUGAUCGGUGUUAAAAGGCGACCACGGACACACCAAGUGAGACCACGCGCUGAGAAACAUGCGAAGAGACGCGUCGCGCCGGCCGCGAACACGAGACCAACGACGCGAGGAUCGACGACACUGACGGGCAACGUGUGCGCUGCGGGACCCGCCGAGAGCUGCCCCGAUGGAACUGACAAUACUGCUGCUCGCUUGCAUCGUGGGAAUUUGCUCCGGUCUGCGAGAAGUGCGGAUGCAGAUACCGACGGCCGUGAAGAAAGGUAACUCGACGAUACUGAACUGCUGGUAUGACACCGAGGAGGAUCCUUUAUACGCCGUCAAGUGGUACAAAGGGGGUCGAGAGUUUUAUCGCUACGCCCCGAACGAGACCCCGGUCGUCAAGACUUUCCCCAUCGGGAACUUGACGGUGAAGAAAACCGAGAGCAACGCGACGCAGGUGACCCUGACGAAUCUACAGCUGGACGCGGCUGGGAGGUACAGCUGCGAGGUGUCCGCCGACGCUCCUUCCUUCCACACGGCGAUAGUUUACGCCACCAUGAACGUAGUCGAAUUACCCUCUGAAGGGCCGUCGAUACACGGGUUAAAGAGGAAAUACCGGAUUAACGAUAUGUUACGUUUGAACUGCACAUCCGGACGGAGCAAACCCGCGGCCAAUCUCACCUGGUACAUCAACGACCGACAAGUACGGCCGUUGAAGUCGCACGUCCGCACGUACAGCCCCCUGGACACCAACGAGUCCGAGUGGCAGAUCUCCCAGAUCGGCCUUCAGUUUCUCGUUACGCACGAUCACUUCACCGCGGGCGGCAAGCUGAAGAUACGGUGCAGCGCGUCGAUAUACGACAUCUACUGGCAGAGCACCGAGGUCAGCACCGAGGAGGACAGGCCCAGGGUGGUGCACCUGGAGCCGGCCGCUACCAUCGUCGGCAUCAACUACCUGCAACCACCGCCGAACUUCCAGACCGGACAGAAGAAACCCGACGGACACGUUGGGGUGAAAGUACUCGGCUCGUCGUCGCCGGGCCCGAGCCUUCCAUCAUCCCUGCGACUGGCUGUCGGCCUGUUUCUUCUGGUUGUCAUUCGUUAACCACGCUGCAUUCAAGUAACAUGCGCUUUGGAGCUCUCAUUAUAUAAAUCGACGUGCUUGUAAAGGAAAGAAAGUCUGGGGAGGGGGGGAGAGGGCCGCUUUGUACGACGUCUCCGAGCCCGCUCGCGUGUCGCGGUCCUGAAGAACAGCGUCUUCUGGAGCCCGUUUCGGUGCGACGGCCGUCGGAACCGACGGCGGAACCAUCGAGACAACGGAGGAAAGGGUAACGUUCCGCGCGGACGCGAGAGGAACGCGUCCGGUCGCGAGCGAAGGGUUCGAGCGAAGGGGAAGACAAAGAAAAAGGGGAAGAACGAAGAAAAGCGGGCGUCAGUCGCGGAUGAGUCGCGCGCUGGGUCCAUUCUCGGCCUUAAAUCGCUCGAUCGACGGACAACCUGUAGGGCAAAAAGGUAUUCUCGACGGUAGAACAGCACGGCUCGAGGAAUCGGAGGGGACUCACACCAGAAAACGAACAUCCCGAAGAGUAUUUUAUUAUUAGACUAACCACGGAAACGUACAUACAUACAUUUAUACAUACGCGCAUACGAUACAUACAUACAAUGCAUACAUACAUACAUUAAUACACGUUCAACGAACACACGUACCGUGCGUACUUGCUUCCUUUUCGGCGAGAUCAUUGGUUUUUUCA